CACAACUCGGGAUGGAUGUAGCUCGUCAACGAGAGUGCAGGACACACUAAAGUGACAUGCCAGUUUCCAGUGGAAAAUAAAACUAAACAUUUCAUUAUCCUUUAACAAUAUUAAGCAACAUUAGCUGGACCCAGUGGAGUUUUAUAGGAGUUUGUAGUCCUUCGGCAGCGAGCACAUACAGUUCAGUGCUGCUAGUAUGGAGGGGGAGCCCCUCUCAGCCCUGUGUACCCCUGCUCUGGUGGUGGAUGUGGACAAAGUGAAGAGAAAUGCCCAGAAGAUGAUCGAACGCUGUCAGAAUCUGGGAGUCCAGCUUCGGCCACACAUGAAGACACACAAAACCCUUGAGUGUGCUGACUUAAUGACGGGUGGAUCACGAAGGUGCAUCGUGGUUUCCACGCUUGCAGAAGCCUGUUUCUAUGCUGACCACGGAUUUGAUGACAUCCUCUAUGCAUACUCUAUUCCCUUUGAUAAGGUGGAGCGUUGUGCAGCCCUGUCAGAGAGGCUGGAUCUCUUCCAGGUUUUAUUGGAUCAUCCUGAUGCUCUGGAGCAGCUCAAAAAGAGGCCGCUGAAAGGCAGUCGGCAGUGGCACGUCUGGCUGAAACUGGACUGUGGCAAUGGGAGAGCUGGUGUCCUGCACUCAGAACCAGAGGCGCUCAGAUUGGCUCAGGCCAUCGCUGAGACGGAAGGUGUGCAGCUAACAGGAGUGUACGCUCACUGCGGGAACACCUACAGCUGCAGAGGAGCGGAGCAAAUACAGACUGUCGCACAGGAAACCACCGGCCUGACUCUGCAGUUCAUGGAAAAACUGAAGGCCGUUGGCAUCUCCUGUAAGUCCAGCAUUGGCUCCACCCCUUCCUGUAGUCACCCAGUCAAAGACAUGGCGCAGCUCAGUGAGGUGCAUCCUGGAAACUAUGUGUUCUACGAUGUGCAGCAGUCUGUGAUUGGCUCGUGCAGUCUGGAGGACGUCGCUGUGAGGGUUUUGACGAGGGUCAUUGGACACUGUCCUCACAGGAACCAGCUCCUGAUUGACUGUGGAUGGACUGGAAUCAGUCUGGAUGGAGCUGGAAAACUUCCCACUGGAUAUGCUGUGAUUGAAGGGCAUCCGAACCUCAAGUUGUUGUCUAUGACUCAGGAGCAUGGUAGAGUGGAGCCUAUCUCAGGACAGCUGGACUACAGCAAAUACCCCCUCGGCUCGCUGCUCACACUGAUCCCCUACCAUUCUUGUGCAACAGCAGCGAUGCAUCCCGUGUACCAUGUGCACUCUGAGGGCCGUCUGCUGGGGAGGUGGACACCCACUCGCGGGUGGUGAACAGCUGUUUACUCAUACAUAACUUUGUUAGGCUAGCUAGAUUAACCCUGAAGGAAGGACUUCUUGGAGCAACUCGUGCCACCUGUAGUUGAAUUCAUAACUAGUGGAUGAAAAUGGUUGGAGAUUAUUCACCUCUUUUUUCCUCUGUUCAUCUGGUGCUAACAAUGGAUAUGAAUAAUAGAGUAUAAUUCCAUGUUAGAAGUGCAGAUGUAUUUCAAAGUACCUUUUGUAGACCUAUUCCCCACAUUUCUCUGAAGUGAUGUGGGUCACCAUUACAGACAUUAUGAUUAAUUGUUUCUGAAUAAAAUUUUUGCUGUCCUUAUUGACCAUUUUCUUUUCCAAGUAUCUCAUCCUAGUUCUAAAGCUGAUGUCCUAAUUAUAGAGAAAAAUCAUUAUGUUAAGUUUUUUAAAUAACAUCUUUUAAUAAAUCUGA